AGUGUUCAUUCACGAGUAAUAAGACGAAUGGUGAACAGAGAUCCACGAGCGCAGCGCAAAAGUUAAGCACCAAAACAAGUCAAUGGUGUGGCGUCGUCCUACACGCUCACAACCGUUGUGGAGUGCUGUACUGUCCUACAGUGGAGAGCGAGGAAGACAGCAGCCCGAGCACAAAGAGAGAGAUAGGUACAGAUAUUGGAUUUUGAUGUUAAACCUUCAUCUCUUUGGAUAACCUGAGGAUACUAAAACUGUUCCUUUGGCGGUUUGGAACAUCCCACAAGGGUUCUAAAAACGGUUCCUUUGGCGGUUUGGAACAUCCCACAAGGGUUCUAAAAACGGUUCCUUUGGCGGUUUGGAACAUCCCACAAGGAUUCUAAAAACUGAAGAACAACGAAGUGGAACUCGAAGGAUUUAUAUUUUGUUCUUUUACUUUUUAUAUCCUUUUUGUACCCCCCCUCCAACAACAUUUUGGAAUAGGGGGCUUUGGAAUAAAGGGGAUAUAUUGGCGGGUGACGCGGUUGCCCAGGACAAGCGAGAAGGAUGGCAGUUUGGUUCACGUUUAUCAUCGCAUUCAGCACCACGAUACUGACACAGGUAUUUGGAUCCGGGGUUUUUGAGCUCGAUCUACAUGAAUUUACAAACAGCAAAGGAUUUCUGGCGAAUGGCAACUCUUGCAGGCUCAACUGCAGGACUUUCUUUCGAGUCUGUCUCAAAAACUACCAGGCUGUAGUGUCGCCAGGUGACUGUAUCUUUGGGAGCGCCGUGACACCGGUCCUGGGGACCAACUCGUUUAGCGUGAAGAACGGGGGCACUAUUGGCAGACCCAUCCGACUGCCUUUCAACUUUGGAUGGCCGGGAUCGUUUUCAAUGAUCAUUGAAGCCUGGUAUUCACCUUCAGCGGAUCUACCUGUAGACACCAGCAACCCAGAGAUGUUGAUUAGUUUCUUUGCCAUCCAGAGACAGCUGGGCGUAGGGACCGCCUGGUCUCAGAACAUUGAGAGCGUACGACAGACGGAGUUAAGGUAUUCUUACCGCUUCAUCUGCAAUGACAAUUACUACGGAGAAAGUUGUUCCAAAAUAUGCACGCCGAGGGACGACCGUUUUGGCCACUACACCUGCGACCGCGAUGGCCAGUUGUCCUGUCUGCCCGGCUGGAAGGGGGAAUACUGCGAAGAACCCAUCUGCCUGGUGGGAUGCAGUGAAGGGAAUGGAAACUGCUCCAGUCCUGGCGAGUGUGUGUGCAGAGAAGGUUGGCAGGGUCUGUUCUGUGAUGAGUGUAAGAAGUACCCUGCGUGUAAACAUGGCACCUGCCAACAGCCUUGGCAGUGUAACUGUAAGGAGGGCUGGGGAGGGCUCUUCUGUGACCAGGACUUGAACUUCUGCACGCACCACCGGCCGUGUGUGAACGGGGCGACCUGUAUGAACACAGGCCAGGGCAGCUUCACCUGUACCUGUCCCCCUGGGUUCACUGGGUUAAACUGUGAGCUGGAGCUGCAGGAAUGUGACAGCAACCCCUGCAGGUACGGAGGACUCUGCACGAACCUGGAUGUUGGCUACAGGUGUUCGUGUCCGCAAGGUUUCGAGGGUUCUCACUGUGAACACAGCCUGCUGACGUGUGCAGACUCCCCUUGCUUCCACAGCGGACAGUGCCAUCAGAAGGACAAUGGUCGCAGCUACACCUGCGAGUGUCCUCCCGGAUACACAGGACUCAAUUGUGAGAAAAGAGUGGACAAGUGCACGUCCCUUCCCUGCGCCAACGGGGGUCUGUGUUUGAUCCAUGGUGGCGUGCGUCUGUGUAGCUGUCGCUCUGGUUUCACAGGCCAGCGCUGCGAGAUCAACAUCAACGAGUGUGCCGGUAACCCCUGCACCAACGGAGGGACCUGCCUGGACCGCAUCAACGACUACACCUGUGCCUGCACCCCGGGGUACGCCGGCCGAAACUGUGACCGCAUCCUGGACGAGUGCUCCAUGCACCCCUGUCUCAACGGAGGACUCUGCACCGGGGAAGGGGGACCGGGGAAAUCCCCCACCACCUGUAUCUGUCCCGCCGGCUUCACUGGACCCCGCUGUCAGUUCUUUGCAGUGACCCUGCCAGUCGGUGGUGAGAGGAUCAACGGAGAGAGCCAAGAUGGCUUCCAGUGGGCGGCAGUUUCCCUGGCUGUAGGGCUGGUUGCGUUUCUGGUGCUGCUAUGCAUGGUGGGGUUGGCUCUAAGACACAUCCACAGGCAGAUAGGCAGGGACAGAGGAGACCGGGAGACCAUGAACAACCUAUCAGACGUACAGAAGGAUAACCUUAUCCCCGCCUCCCAGCUGAAGAACACCAAUCAGAAGGUUGUACUGGAGGUGGACUGCGAAUCAGAGAAGUCAAAUUUCAUCCACAAGAACUAUCACUUGGACUAUAGUACUGCAAAGUCGAAGGAGUUCAAGGAUGAUAAGUCGCAAGAGGAUAAAAGACUAAAUCACAUCUACGACAAGUGUUUAGAAGAGAAAAUACCGAUGAGUGGAAUGUACAGUGAAAAGGAGGAGUGUAGGAUAUCAACGAUAUGUUCCCCUCGAGACUCUCAGAUCUACCAGUCUGUCUUUGUUAUAGGAGAAGAGAAGAGGGAGUGCGUCAUAGCAACAGAGGUAUAAAGCUGUGUGAGCUAGAAAAGCGAGGGAGCAAGAAGGCAGAGGAGAAAGGCAAUCAAAGGCAGAAAAUAUUUUUCUGGAUUGUUUACAAAGAACCUGAGGAGAGACUGAAGAUCUGUUUCUGAUGUCACUGCUGCACUGGAGCAAUAGAGAGACGGGACCAUGGAGAAAAACAGAGAGACGGGACCAUGGAGAAAAACAGAGACGGGACCAUGGAGAAAAACAGAGAGACAGAGAAGAGAGCGGAAUCUCUCCUCCGUGAAAAAUGAAAAAAUGAACACUCUAGACUGAACUUUACUGAACUUUAACAUUGACCGAGUGUUUGUAUACAAAAUGUGUACAGUUCACAGUCAUGGACCUAUUAACUUCUGGGAACAAAUGGUUAAAUGAACUGUUAAAUGACUGACUGAACUGCACUGGGUGUGGAGGGGACUGGUAGAGUGUCAUUAUUAAGCAAAAACAAUGAACCUGAACUGAACUCAUCCGUCCUUGGCAGCGAUUGGAGGAGAGAGUAGGUGAAACAGGAAAAAUGUCCGUAGCUCGUAGUUGAACCCUGAUCCCUCAGUUGACCCUUGACUUAUCUCCAAGGGUAAUCGUGGUGACUCACGACAGCCAACUAAUCAAAAUGGAGGUGCCUGAGAUUAGACUGAUCUUUAACCCCUAGCCAGGAUCAUUGACCUGCUAUGCAGGGUCCAGGGUGGAACUCAAUGAAGAUCACCCACUGACCGCCACGACCGACCAGCAGUCGAAACCACAACCACAACGAACACAACGAGAACGAUGAAUCUCUUGACUGAACAAACAAACGUCUCAUCGUUCAAUCUCUAGAAACAAAAAAUACUUGGUUGGACUUUUCCGGACUUUUCCAUUUCAUGCAAGAUGGUGAAAAGUUUACUAGAAGCCUAAAAGAGUGUGUUUGGAUGCUAAAAAAACGAAACCCUUGUCUCUUCAUGGAGCAUUUGACCUACAAAAAUAAAAACAGAGGUGGAAAAUACACUUUUUGAAUCAACAGUAAUUUGGAGGUUGUGUGCACUAAAUAGGAUAUAUUCAUUUAAGACGCAACAAAUAAAUCACAGAAGCGUAAUACUCAGUUCUGUGCCAGCAGUAGUCCAAGAAAACAGGAAGGGAACCGACGGAUAAAUUUAUAUUUACAAUAAUCUCUGUCCCAAAUGGCACUCUAUUUCCUAUAUAGUAGUGCACUACUUUUGACCAGAGGCUUAUGAGCUCUGGUUAAAAGUAGUGCACUAAGUAAGGACGUAGGGUGUAAUUUGGGACAUAGACAAUAACAGCCCUGCACUAAAGAGACACAAAAGGAUUCCUAAAAGACACUGUCAUACCACUGCCUGCCUAUAAUGACUUUCUGAAAUUACAGAACCAAUAAUGUAAAAAAAAAAAUAUUAAAUGAUGAUUAUUUCCAGAGUUUAAUUUAAAUAUUGAUGAAUGCUACAACUGCUCUUUAUAUGUUUUAUAAUAUUAUUUUGUAUAUAAGGACCAGACUUCUGAAGAAUAAAACAUUUUAAUUCCUUGUUAA